AUGGGGAUCAGUCAUUAUCCCCCGACCCAGGAGCAAGGAGUGUCCUACAAUGUGGAUCAGUCAUUAUCCCCCGACCCCGGAGCGGGGAGUGUCCUACAAUGUGGAUCAGUCAUCAUCCCUGACCCAGGAGCGGGGAGUGUCCUACAAUGUGGAUCAGUCAUUAUCCCCCGACCCAGGAGCGGGGAGUGUCCUACAAUGUGGAUCAGUCAUCGGCCCCCGAACCAGGAGCGGGGAGUGUCCUACAAUGUGGAUCAGUCAUCAUCCCCCGACGCAGGAGCGGGGAGUGUCCUACAAUGUGGAUCAGUCAUCAUCCCUGACCCAGGAGCGGGGAGUGUCCUACAAUGGGGAUCAGUCAUUAUCCCCCGACCCAGGAGCGGGGAGUGUCCUACAAUGUGGAUCAGUCAUCGGCCCCCGACCAAGGAGCGGGGAGUGUCGUACAAUGUGGAUCAUUCAUCAUCCCCCGACCCAGGAGCGGGGAGUGUCCUACAAUGUGGAUCAGUCAUCAUCCCUGACCCAGGAGCGGGGAAUGUCCUACAAUGUGGAUCAGUCAUCAUCCCCCGACCAAGGAGCGGGGAGUGUCCUACAAUGUGGAUCAGUCAUCAUCCCCCGACCAAGGAGCGGGGAGUGUCCUACAAUGUGGAUCAGUCAUCAUCCCCCGACCCAGGAGCGGGGAGUGUCCUACAAUGUGGAUCAUUCAUCAUCCCCCAACCCAGGAGCGGGGAGUGUCGUACAAUGUGGAUCAGUCAUCAUCCCUGA